AUGGCCCUGAUGAAUGGGUACUCCGCAUCACCUGCCUCCGAUGCUGCAAGCAGCAGAGACGAGCUUGCAGUCAGCGAGAGUGAAGGCCACCUGUCCGACUCCUUUGCAAACCAUGCCGCACGCGAAUCAUCAUCCUCCCCCGAGGAAGACGCCGCAGACGAGUCCUAUAAUGCCGGCUCCCCGGACGCGGAGGGAGAUGAGGAUGCUUUUGGGAUGGAAAAUGACGAGGAUCAGAGCAGUGCAUCCGGCUCUGAAAACUCUUCAUCGUCAGAAACCAGGCGUGGCACGAAACGGAAAUCGUCGUCGGUCAAUGAAUCAGACUAUAUCCGACAGAACCCCGAUCUAUACGGCCUUCGCCGAAGCGCAAGAGCCCGCACGACGCGUCAAAUAGUCGAAUCAGACUCGGACUCUGACUCUGAUGCUGUAGCACCCCGUGCUAAGCGUCGACGCGCCGCAGCCUCACAACCCUCCUCGAAACGUCCCUCCCGCUCCGCAACCCAGUCGUCGUUCUCCGAAGACUCGGACAGCGAUGAGUAUGGAGGCCCCCGCGCUCGUACAAGUAAGGCAAGGCGACGGCGGCUCCUUCAAGCCUCAUCAAACGAUGCACCUUCUCAUCCUGAGGUUCGUUUCUCAACGAGGAAUGCCUCUCGGGUCUCGAAUUACAAUGAAGAUGAUGAUGAUUCCAUGUUCGAGGAUGACCCCGAUGAGAUGACGCAGAAUUAUUGGGUGAAUACCGUGGAGGAUGAUCGCCCAGCUGUCGAUAUUGUGCUCAAUCAUCGCCUGAAGGAUGGCGUGGACCCAAGUAGCCUCGACGUCGGCCGCCACGACUUUGAGUUCUACAUCAAAUGGCAAGGCAAAUCUCACUACCAUGCUACAUGGGAAACGGCCGAGAGUCUUGCCAACUGUCGUAGUACCCGCCGCCUUGACAAUUAUAUACGCAAAACCCUGUCCGAAGACGUCCGCCUCAAAAAUGACGAAGAUGUUGCCCCUGAGGAUCGAGAGAAAUGGAACCUCGAUCGUGAGAGGGAUGUAGACGCUAUUGAGGAUUACAAACAAGUUGAGCGAGUCAUCGGAAUGCGCGAAGGCGACGAAGGGACAGAGUACUUCGUCAAAUGGAAGCGCCUGUUCUAUGACUCUUGUACAUGGGAGAGUGAAGAGCUCGUUAGUAAUAUUGCUCAGCGCGAGAUAGACCGUUUUCUAGAUCGCUCCUCUCGCCCCCCGGUGUCAGACAAGUCCGAAACCAACCCAGCCACGCGAAAGUCAUUCGAGACAAUCAAAAGCACACCGAGCUUCCUGCAGAAUGGCCAGCUGAAGGAGUUCCAAGUGAAAGGUGUCAACUUUAUGGCCUUCAAUUGGGUGAAGAAUCGCAAUGUUGUGCUGGCCGACGAGAUGGGUCUUGGGAAGACCGUUCAGACCGUUGCUUUCAUCAACUGGCUACGCCAUGUGCGCCGCCAGCAAGGGCCUUUCGUGGUCGUCGUCCCACUGUCGACGAUGCCAUCCUGGGCUGAGACUUUCGACUACUGGACCCCUGACCUGAACUAUGUCGUCUACAAUGGCAAUGAGGCUGCACGCACCGUUCUGCGUGAACAUGAGCUCAUGGUAGACGGCAACCCCCGACGGCCCAAGUUCAAUGUACUUCUUACAACAUAUGAGUAUGUCCUACUGGACUCGGCCUUCCUGAGCCAGUUCAAGUGGCAGUUUAUGGCCGUGGAUGAGGCACAUCGGUUGAAGAAUCGCGAAUCUCAGCUAUAUUUGAAGUUGCUCGAGUUCAGGUCUCCGGCUCGACUUCUCAUCACAGGCACCCCUAUCCAGAACAACCUCGCAGAACUUUCUGCCCUUCUAGACUUCCUAAAUCCGGGCUUGGUUCACAUCGAUGCCGACAUGGAUCUGAACGCAGAAGCGGCCUCUCAUAAGCUUGCGGAACUGACGAAGGCUAUUCAACCCUUCAUGCUACGUCGAACGAAGUCGAAGGUGGAGUCAGACCUUCCUCCCAAGACCGAGAAGAUCAUUCGCGUCGAGCUUUCCGACGUCCAACUGGAGUACUACAAGAACAUUCUCACCAAGAAUUACGCUGCGCUCAAUGACGGAGCCAGAGGUCAGAAACAAUCACUUCUGAACAUCAUGAUGGAGCUGAAGAAAGCAAGUAACCAUCCAUUCAUGUUCCCCAAUGCCGAAGCCAGGAUUCUCGAAGGUAGUACUCGCCGGGAGGAUGUUCUGAGGGCAAUGAUCACCAGCAGUGGUAAAAUGAUGCUCUUGGAUCAGCUUCUCGCCAAGCUGAAACGCGACGGCCACCGUGUGUUGAUCUUUAGCCAGAUGGUAAAGAUGCUUGACAUCCUCGGUGAUUAUAUGGAAUUCCGUGGAUACACAUAUCAGCGCCUAGAUGGUACCAUCCCUGCGGCUGCACGUCGUUUGGCUAUUGAACAUUACAAUGCCCCCGGGAGCAAUGACUUUGCUUUCAUUCUGUCUACCCGAGCCGGUGGUCUUGGAAUCAACCUUAUGACGGCAGAUACUGUAGUCUUGUUUGAUUCAGACUGGAAUCCUCAGGCUGAUCUCCAAGCCAUGGCCAGAGCGCACCGUAUCGGACAGACGAGACCGGUCAGUGUGUAUCGUCUGGUGUCGAAAGAUACCGUGGAGGAAGAAGUGAUUGAGAGAGCUCGGAAUAAGCUUCUUCUCGAGUUUAUCACAAUCCAACGCGGUGUUACUGACAAGGAGGCGACAGAGAUUCAGAACAAGAUGGCUCGUAGUGGGAUCUCGGUCAGCGAGCCAAACUCAACGGAGGAUAUCUCACGUAUUCUCAAGCGUCGUGGCCAGAGGAUGUUCGAGCAGACUGGUAACCAGGAAAAGCUUGAACAGCUUGACAUCGACUCAGUACUCGCAAAUGCGGAACUUCAUCAGACCGAACAGGCCGAGGAAAUCCAGGCUGACGGUGGCGAAGAGUUCCUUCGAGCCUUCGAAUAUGUUGACAUCAAGGUGGACGAUCUUAGUUGGGACGACAUUAUACCUAAAGAACAGCUAGAAGAGAUAAAGGCAGAGGAGAAGAAGAAAGCCGACGAACGCUAUCUUGCCGAAGUCAUUGAGCAGAAUCGACCUCGCAAGCGCAAUGCACCGGGUGACGCACGGGAUACCCGAGAAGAACGCAAAGCCAAAAGGUUAGCGAGAGCACAGGUCAGUAUGGAGAAUGGCGAUGAUUCCGAUUCGAAUGCUCAGUCGGACCCGAAACGACCGCUUGUGGAGAAAGAAUAUCGCCAUCUUCUGCGUGCCUACCUUCGUUAUGGAAAUAUGGUAGAACGUGAGGAGGAUGUCGUUCGUGAGGCACGUCUCCUUGACCGUGAUAGAGAGACGGUCAAGGCUGCUCUCCGCGAAAUAACUGACAAGGCUGCCGAUCUGGUUCGGGAAGACAUAGAGAAACUCGAGGCCCUUGAACACGCCGGUAAGGUGCCGACGAAGAAAGAAAAGAAGGCGGUCUUGUUUGAUCUCCAUGGAGUCAAGCGUCUUAAUGCGUACACUAUUGUGGAACGUCCGACGGAAAUGCGUAUCUUGAAGGAGGCGACGGCCGCGGUGCCUGACUUCAAGAAUUUCCGGAUACCGGAAGCUACCAAAGCCGCGGAUUAUACGUGUCCAUGGGGUGCGCGCGAAGACGGGAUGCUGUGUAUCGGUAUUGCGCGGCACGGAUAUGGUGCCUGGACGCAGAUCCGGGACGAUCCCGACCUUGCCCUUGGCGAUAAGUUCUUCCUUGAAGAGCACCGUGUCGAGAGGAAAAAUGAACGUAUGAAUGCUGAGGACAAGACAACGAAGUCCCCAGGAGCCGUUCACCUUGUUCGUCGCGCAGACUAUCUGUUAUCUGUUCUUCGUGACAAAGCCACCAACGGUUCAAGUGUCAGCGCGAAGAGAGCUGUCGAUAACCAUCAUCGGAACAACCGGAAAGGUUCCCGUACGCAUGCCAGCAACAGCGUCUCAGCUUCACCGGCACCGUCUCUUUCUCGUAGAGGCCACCGGGAAACAGAACGUUCCAGGCAUCGGUCUCAUACCCACGGCGCCAGAGAUAGUGUUGAACGACACCACACUCCCAGUCACGACGCUCGACCCAGAUCCGUGCAUGAAGGGGAACGAAGCCGUCAUAGAACCUCCGACGCGUCCAGUGAGGAUAUUCGGCGUCGUAAGCCUAAUGAGAAUGGCUACUCCGCCGGCAAAGAGGAUAUGGCUCGCUUGUUCUUCAAGCCCAUUCGCGAGAAUCUGAAGAAGGUGUCGGCCGUUACUAAAGAGAAUUUCCCGAAUAAGGCUGAACGGGCUACGGAGUUGAGACGUCUACUUGGCAAGGUCGGUGAAUUUAUCGGCCAGAAUUUGAAGGGCCAGGGCUCCAUGACGUCUUUGGAGACUCGUUUAUGGCAAUAUGUUUCGGUACACUACUGGCCCAACAAAGAUGCCGGAGGGGCUAAACUUCAAGAAAUGUAUCAUAAACUGAUCGCUGCCCGUAAGGAGGCUGCUGCUUCCAAGCCAGCCUCCAACGGAGAGUAG